AUGAAGACUUCAUUCUCUGCCUUGGCCGCCUUGGCCGCCGCUUUGCUAUUGAGUUCGGCGAAUGCCCACGUCAAUCUCAAGUCGCCAGUUCCGUUCAGAACUUCGACACAAGCACCCCAGAAUGCGAUACAGCAGGACUUCGACAUGAAGGCUCCUCUCGACAAAUCUGGCAGCAACUUCCCUUGCAAGGGAUAUCACAAAGAUGCCAAGGGAACUCAGCCCCUCGUCGAUUGGCCAGCCGGGAGCACCCAGACCAUGAGCUUUGACGGAUCAGCGACUCAUGGUGGUGGAUCUUGCCAGGUUUCAUUUUCUGAGGAUGGAGGCAAUACCUGGAAGGUCGGCAAGUCCUUCGUUGGAGGAUGCCCGCUCAAGGACAUUAGCUUCACUGUUCCCAAGGAGACCAAGAAUGGUCCCGUUUUCGUCGCUUGGACAUGGUUCAACAACGUGGGCAACAGAGAAAUGUACAUGAACUGCGCCGCCAUCACCAACACUGGCGGUGGGCAGGGUUUGUCUGCAUACCCCGACAUGUUCAAAGCGAACAUAGGAAAUGACUGCACGACCGAGACGGGCGACCUCGCAUUCCCCGACCCGGGCAAGAACGUUGAGGGCUCGGGAGGUGUCCCGCCAGUCGGAGGGGGCUGUGGCGCAACUGGCUCGCAGCCACCUGCUGGCGGCUCACACCCGAACCCCACCCUCAGUAGCGCCCCCCCACAGCUCACCCCCACCAGCGGCUCACAGGUCACCUCCCCCGCACCCUCAGGGACAACCAAGACAUCUGUUCCUGCGGGAACCCCAUCCUCGGUACCUAGUGGAACUGUCGCUCCUGUUCCUUCCUCUCCCGCCCCGGCCCCAUCCACCGCUCCCUCUCAAUACCCGCAACCCUCCACCGGCGGAGCUUGCGUCGAGGGCGCCAUCACAUGCAAUGCCGAUGGAACAUGGAGCCAGUGCGGAAGCGGGGUCAACCAGAACAUGGGCAAGACUGCCCCCGGAACUGCCUGUGCGAACGGCGGGACGAAGCCUAUCAAGACCAAGCGUUUCAUUCGCUUCUCAAAGGAGCAUAUGGCUCGUAACGCUUAA